AUGUAUUUCCUUCCGCAUUUGACCAACGGUUGGCAAGUCGACCAGGCAAUCCUGUCCGAGGAAGACCGUGUAGUUGUCAUUCGUUUUGGCCACGAUUGGGACCCGACAUGCAUGAAAAUGGAUGAGAUCCUUUAUAGCAUCGCCGAAAAGGUCAAAAACUUUGCUGUCAUCUAUUUGGUUGACAUCACUGAGGUGCCUGAUUUCAAUAAGAUGUACGAACUUUAUGACCCAUGCACAACGAUGUUCUUCUUCCGAAACAAGCAUAUUAUGGUCGACUUGGGAACUGGUAACAACAACAAGAUCAAUUGGGCUCUCGAUGAUAAAUCAGAGAUGAUUGAUUUGAUUGAGAUCGUGUAUCGUGGUGCAAGGAAGGGACGUGGUCUUGUUGUAUCGCUCAAGGAUUACUCGACAAAAUACAAGUAUUAG